UCGCAGCCGCCGCAGCCUCGGCCGCCGGGCUAGUAGCUCCGAGAGGCGGCUUCCCGGUUGUCCUGACGAAGACAGGGGGCGCCGCGCUCCGCUUGCUCCGCGCCGGAGCCAUGCCCGGCAGCCCAGUGUAACCACCGAGUGCCGGCCACAGCCGACCGACCCAGUGCACCGUCCUUCUGCCAAGCUGAGCUUUCGUGCACACAACUCCCUCUGCCCCCGCCGGCCCUGCGCCACCAUGCCCCGGGUGACUGCACUUGGGGCCCUGGUGUCACUGCUGCUGCUGCCGUUGCCUCGCGGCGCCGGGGAGCUCGGAGAGCGCCCGGACGCCGUCGUGGACUACUCGGCGCUGGACGGCGAGGAAGGCACCGAGCAGCAGCUGGAGCAUUACCACGACCCUUGCAAAGCAGCUGUCUUUUGGGGAGACAUUGCCUUAGAUGAAGAUGACUUGAAGCUAUUUCACAUCGACAAAGCCAGAGACUGGACCAAGCCAUCCGUGGGGGCAGCGGAACACAGCACCGGCGGGCUUGAAGAGGAGGCAUCUGCGAGCAGCCCAAACGCCACAGCCACGGACACUGGCACCAAGGCAGCUGGAAAGGAUGGCCCGGAGAAUUCCACUCUCCCGCACAGCCUUGGGACCUUGCAUGCCGCAGCCGAGACUGUCUCCCCAAGGGUCCGCAGAGCCACAACCUCAAGAACAGAGAGGAUAUGGCCUGGAGGAGUCAUCCCCUACGUCAUUGGAGGGAACUUUACUGGGAGCCAGAGGGCCAUUUUUAAGCAGGCCAUGAGACACUGGGAGAAGCACACGUGUGUGACCUUCAUAGAAAGGACCGACGAGGAAAGCUUUAUCGUAUUCAGUUACAGAACCUGUGGCUGUUGUUCCUAUGUUGGGCGCCGAGGAGGAGGCCCACAGGCCAUAUCCAUUGGGAAGAACUGUGACAAGUUUGGCAUUGUGGCUCACGAGCUAGGCCAUGUGGUUGGGUUCUGGCAUGAACACACCCGGCCAGACAGAGACCAACAUGUCACCAUCAUCAGGGAAAACAUCCAGCCAGGUCAGGAGUAUAAUUUCUUAAAAAUGGAAGCUGGGGAAGUGAGCUCUCUGGGAGAGACAUACGACUUUGACAGCAUCAUGCACUACGCCCGGAACACCUUCUCAAGAGGAGUUUUCUUAGACACCAUCCUCCCCCGUCGAGAUGACAAUGGCGUCAGGCCAACCAUUGGCCAGCGCGUGCGGCUCAGUCAGGGAGACAUAGCUCAAGCCCGGAAGCUGUACAAAUGCCCAGCAUGUGGGGAGACCCUGCAGGACACAACGGGAAACUUUUCUGCACCUGGUUUCCCAAAAGGGUACCCAUCUUACUCCCACUGCGUCUGGAGGAUCUCAGUCACCCCAGGGGAAAAGAUCGUCUUAAACUUCACAUACAUGGAUUUGUUUAAAAGCCGGCUGUGCUGGUACGAUUACGUGGAGGUCCGGGAUGGUUACUGGAGGAAAGCCCCCCUUUUGGGCAGGUUUUGCGGCGACAAGGUCCCGGAGCCCCUGUUCUCCACAGACAGCCGGCUCUGGGUGGAGUUUCGCAGCAGCAGCAACAUCCUGGGCAAGGGCUUCUUUGCGGUGUAUGAAGCUACCUGCGGGGGAGACAUUAACAAAGAUGCCGGUCAGAUUCAGUCUCCCAACUACCCGGAUGACUACAGACCUUCCAAGGAAUGUGUCUGGAGGAUUACGGUUUCCGAGGGGUUUCACGUGGGACUUACCUUCCAAGCUUUUGAGAUCGAAAGGCACGACAGCUGCGCAUAUGACUACCUGGAAGUCCGGGAUGGCCCCACGGAAGAGAGUGCCCUGAUCGGCCACUUUUGUGGCUCUGAGAAGCCAGAGGACAUGAAAUCGAGCUCCAACAGAAUGUGGAUGAAGUUUGUGUCCGAUGGCUCUAUCAAUAAAGCGGGCUUUGCGGCCAAUUUUUUCAAGGAGGUGGAUGAGUGUUCCUGGCCAGAUCACGGCGGGUGCGAACAUCGCUGCGUGAACACGCUGGGCAGCUACAAGUGUGCCUGUGACCCUGGCUACGAGCUGGCCGCCGAUAAGAAGACGUGUGAAGUGGCCUGUGGCGGUUUCAUUACGAAGCUGAACGGAACCAUCACCAGCCCCGGGUGGCCGAAGGAGUAUCCCACAAACAAAAACUGUGUCUGGCAGGUGGUGGCCCCCGCUCAGUACCGGAUCUCCCUUCAGUUUGAAGUGUUUGAACUGGAAGGCAAUGAUGUCUGUAAGUACGACUUUGUGGAGGUGCGCAGCGGCCUGUCUCCCGAUGCCAAGCUGCACGGCAAGUUCUGUGGCUCGGAGACACCUGAAGUCAUUACCUCUCAGAGCAACAACAUGCGCGUGGAGUUCAAGUCCGACAACACGGUCUCCAAGCGCGGCUUCAGGGCCCACUUCUUCUCAGACAAGGACGAGUGUGCCAAGGACAACGGCGGGUGUCAGCAUGAGUGCGUCAACACCUUCGGGAGCUAUCUGUGCAGGUGCAGGAACGGCUACCGGCUCCACGAGAACGGUCAUGACUGCAAAGAGGCUGGUUGUGCACACAAGAUUAGCAGUUCAGAGGGGACCCUGGCGAGCCCCAACUGGCCUGACAAAUACCCCAGCCGGAGGGAGUGCACCUGGAACAUCUCUUCGACUCCAGGCCACAGGGUGAAACUCACCUUUAAUGAGUUUGAGAUCGAGCAGCACCAGGAAUGUGCCUACGACCACCUGGAAAUGUACGACGGGCCCAACAUCCUGGCCCCCAUCCUGGGCCGUUUCUGCGGCAGCAAGAAACCAGAUCCCUUGGUGGCUUCGGGCAGUAGUCUGUUUCUCAGGUUUUAUUCGGAUGCCUCGGUGCAGAGGAAAGGCUUCCAGGCAGUGCACAGCACAGAGUGCGGGGGCAGGCUGAAAGCCGAAGUGCAGACCAAAGAGCUCUAUUCCCAUGCCCAGUUUGGGGACAACAACUACCCGAGCCAGGCCCGCUGUGACUGGCUGAUCAUGGCGGAGGACGGUUACGGCGUGGAACUGACAUUCCGGACCUUUGAGGUUGAGGAGGAGGCCGACUGUGGCUACGACUUCAUGGAAGCCUACGACGGCUACGACAGCUCAGCGCCCAGGCUCGGCCGCUUCUGUGGCUCUGGGCCUUUGGAAGAAAUCUACUCCGCAGGAGAUUCCCUGAUGAUUCGAUUCCACACAGACGACACCAUCAACAAGAAAGGCUUUCAUGCCCAAUACACCAGCACCAAGUUCCAGGAUGCCCUGCACAUGAAGAAAUAAUGCUGAUGUUCUUGAAAGACAGGCGUUGAGAAUGUUUUGUUUUCGUUUUACAACAAUAGCACCUUGAAAAUCUGCCCUAAAACAGUGUACAGUAUUUUUCUCAAACAAACACUCAGAAUCCAGUCUUGGAGGUAUAUAUUUGAAUGAAAGUACAUGUAAGUUUGGCCAACAAGGUGGAGAGAAAAUGUUCUUUUGAUUCUGGCUGCAAUGUUAUCACUCAUGAACUGUUAAAGAAAAUUAGGGUUGAAGCCUCUGACCAUUCAAGCUAUGCUUGUACAUACCCAUUCUCCCUGUCCCUUGCUCCCAUGUGGCAAAAGGCCAGCCUUGAGGUUGGUCGUUCCUCUAAUCUGGACUUGCUUGCAAAGGUGCCAGGCUCUCUUCUGUCUAUGUUGGGCAUAAGAGAUGAAAGCUUGGCCAUGACUAGUGUGUGACUCACAGCUUUGGCUGGAAUUGUUUUCUUUCUCUCUACCAGGGACAUGUCAACCAAGAAACCUGAAAAUAUGGAUGUCAGGACUUAAAAAGGCAUCACACUGAGCAGUGUUCACAGAGGGAGUUUCGAGUAUGAGAAUCAUUGUCAUGAAGUUAGGAGACCACAGGCCAUUUCUCCGAGUCGUUGGCUCUCCUUGUCCCUUGGGUUCCCCGCAUCCCUAAUUACAGUGGGGGCUAAGGCAUCCAUUGUGAAUGCGCAAAACAUUUGCUGGCAAGAGUUCUGUCUGCUGAGAAGACAAUAUUGUGGCUCGUCCUGAUAGUUUUUCAUUCAUUGACUUUGAGAAGAGUCCACCUGUGCUUGGAAUUCCAUGGGCUUCGAAGAACAUUUCUUCUUUUAGCUUUGGAGGCACUUCCCGUGGCACCUGGGACUCUUUGACAUCCAGUUCGAACUGCAUUUGCAAACUGUGCAAAGACAUCUUAUGAGGGACCAAUUCAGGCCCCUCGUGGGGUGAACACUGCUGAAGACUGGUUAAUUAUAAGUUAUGUAAAAAUCAUCGUCUUGUGGAAUAAGCCGAUCAGUGACUAGCUUCCUGUAGCCAAUCAGGUUAAAGAGUGCAUUGGUAACAUUGCUUAGAUUAACUAGUAUUCAAUCACCAACUUGCAAUCAGAAUUCACAACACCUGGCACUUGUUCUAGAGAAGUGUAGCGGAUGUUUACAUAAUUGUAGCACCUCAAGGUAUAAUUUAAACAGUGAGGUAGUUUUGAAUGGCAUUUCAUUAAGGCAUCUAUGGGCAUUAUGAGCUAAAAGCUGUGGUAUGUUAGCUUUAAAAGAGUAUUUAUGUUGGAAUAAUUUUUAAGUAAUGUUUACAUAACUAAGUCCUGUUUGGUUGGUGUGGAACACAGGGCGGCACACGCAUGUUUUUGGUUAGAGCCAAGAUCGCUCCCAUGCACCAGAAUUCCUUUGGAAUGAAUCAGCAUCAUUUUAGACAAAGUGUUUGUAAAAGGUAAAAGGUUAUAUUUUUUACAGAUCAGAAUAUGCCACCAGAGGACUCUGUCUCAUUAAAAUGACUGCUGGGAGCAAAAACUAGAAUGAUACAAAGAAAAGUCAAAGAAAUGCAUGGGAAUACUUUUUCCUUAAAA